CCUGCGCAGUACCUCUCCGGUAGGGUUGUUAUUAGCGGACACACAUUGCGUACUCUCAGUCCCAUUCAUGAUUCCGGCUGUACCAACUGUCGCCACUGAAACACUACCGACAUUUCACAUCUCAGAGACAUCUCAGUGAAGAGGGAAGCAACGUGACGCAGGGCGCAGAGAGACUUUCAGCAACCAACCCAGGGUGUUCACGGUUGAAGAGCUAUUCGUUGAUAUACGCCUUUUCUGAUAGGAAAGCGUUAAGGCGUUCAUAAGGAGAAGCAAACAGAGGACAUUACGUUACUAAUAUAAAAUAGCGGCGGUGAAUUCUCUGCUGUGCGGUCAACAGCCGACUGGGAAAAAAAAAGCAUGAUGCACGAAACGAAGGCGAAUUUCUCCUCCAAUUCCACUCACGAUCCUGUCAUGACGGAUGAUAAUGACACUGCUGAGUUUAUGUUGGCACUGCACACUGCUUCCAUAGCCUUUCCUGUUGUCAUGUGCAUUAUAUGGAUAGUAGGACUCUUUGGUAACAUCACCGUCAUCUACGUCAUCAAGACGCAUCGGUCGCCAUUUUCCUGUCCAAACAUAUUGUUUCUGAAUCUCGCCGUCAGUGACCUUCUGUUUCUAGUGAUAUGCCUACCGCUGUACAGUGCUUUGUAUAUCUCAGAGUUCACAAUAGAACUCGGAGACUUUGGCUGCAAGUUGCUGUUUUACGUUCUCUACGUCACCCUCGGAGCUGGCAUAUUCACCAUGGUGACGAUAUCAGCUUUCCGGUACUUCGUGAUCAAACUGCCAUUAAAGUCGUCCAAACAUCUCACUGGAGCUCAUGCAUUGUUCUCAACCUCUCUGAUCUGGCUGUUCGUGUUCGCCAUCAACAUUCCAAUCGCACUGUUUCACGGAGAAUACCAUCGAGGCGACAAGAUACAAUGCACCAUACUUGUGGACAAUGAUUCUGAAUUCCAUUUGCUCAUAUUUCUUAUGACCGGCAUCGAUUUUUUCAUUCCAAUAUUUCUCACAGGUCUGUUUUCAAUUCUAAUGAUAAUCGAAGUCAAGAAAAAUCGCCAACUUAUACCGACUGCUAAACGAAAUGGCGGGAACCUUGAAUGCCCCUGCGACCAUGCUAGCAGACGAUCGAUCCGUAACAAAACCGGAGAAACGAGCCGAUUGUUGAUUGUCGUGCUGGCUGUGACAUUAGUCUUCGUGUUUUGCUGGGGACCAACUCAAAUACUGUUUCUUUGCUCUGCAAAUGGCGUUUCAAUAGGGUCGCCAAAAGACAUAAUAAUCAUAACGAUGAUAACAUACUGCAUAGCUUUUGCCAACUCUGCCGUAAAUCCUUUCAUUUAUCAUUUUAUGAGUAAAGAAUUUAAGAAAUCUUUGCGAAAGAUCAUUUGCCGAGGUAAGGAAGCAAGAAAAGAAAUCUCCAUUGAGUACAGCAUGGUUUCUCAUGACAGUCUGGUUAUAAACUCUCGGAUCAAGAGACAGUGGGAAAGGCGCAGUCCGGGUAAGGAUAUAUCUAUUGGAAUGAGCACCCGAUCUACAAGCGUUAGUCCACGAGUAAGCAGAGACGAACGUGUCUCAUUUGCAUGAAACAUUGACUGGAAACAGACAGAAGAUGCCCCGGUGUUUUUAAAAGUCAAAUCGUAUUUUUUUUCUUUGUGGGCGAAAUGUGGCAUCGAUGCUUCACUACAAACGUGACAUGUAAAAAGGGAUUGAGACAGGCCAAGAACUCAAAUGAUAUCUGCAACUUUCGAGUGUAAGAGAGUAUUUACAGCGACGCAGACUUUAAAGACUGCAUUUAAAAGACAAAUAGAAUUACAUUCAAUUAGAAAAGAACAUUUAUAAUAGCACUAUGAGAUGCAUGUACCCUGUAGACAAGAAUCCAUUAUGGAGAUGCCCAACAAAAAUGGCCAACAUAAAAUUGAAAACAAGCAUUCAGAUGUAAAUUCUACGCUUCAAAAGAGAUCGCAUUUAGUUCUUGUUACUUGUAGCUCAUCAGUCUUGCUUCUUCUUCUGCCUAACCUGUGCUGUUAAACCUAAUCUCACUGCUGCCAGAAAUAAUUAAAAAGCACCUCUAAAAGCAUAUUUUUGCCAGGUCAUAUAAUUACUCAAUGGGGUGUGGGAUAAGGUUAAUCAUAAUUUUUUUAAUGUUGAACCAUUUGAACAUC